UGUGGAAACAUCUUGAUGACAUGUUUCGUUUAUUGUAGAUAAUCACAGGUACAUUGAUUCCAUUCUUCCACUCACACAGGAGGCAGAGGAGGACAUCACUGAGAAAUACACAAUGGGAUCUAUGUUUCUCAGCUCAGCCAUACUUGUGCUCCUGUCCUCGGGUCUCUGCCAUGGAGCCGGUGUCCUCACUGUUGACUCCCUUCGCGGGGCAGCGGGAGAGAGCGUGACUUUCACUACAUCUGUGAAACCGGGAGCUGAACCCUUCCUGGCGCUGACCUGGAGCUUCAAUGUCACCUACAACAUCAUAACUUCGACCAGAGCCGACUUUGUGGGACAGGGCUACGAGAACAGGAUCGAUCUGGACAAGUCCACUGGGUCUCUGGUGCUGAGAAAUCUGACAGAGGGAGACAGCGGAGAGUAUGAAUUAAUCAUCAUCCCAUACGGAGGAGAGCAGAUCCAAGGCACUGUGAAGCUGGAAGUACUGACCAAAGUGUCAAAGCCCUCUCUAGCCUGCCCCACUGGACACUUAAUAGAAGGCAAAACCUCUGUGGAACUAACCUGCGACGCCGGCGGCUCGGUGUCGUCGAGAAUGUGGAUGAAAGACGGAAAAGCUCUGGUUUCUGGAGACAGAUUCAGCUUUCACGACGGCAACAGGGUGUUGUCUAUCAGCCCCGUGGACAGGAGAGACACCGGAGAGUUUUUCUGUAAUGUCAGCAAUGAUUUCAGUUUUGAAACAGCCAAAUGCAGCCUUAUGGUCUAUUAUGGACCUGACAAACCAACGCUCGUUCAGAGGCCAGUAGGAGCAGAACUCGAGGAGAGCGUCACCCUCAGCUGCUCCGCUGAGUCCCUGCCGAAGGCAACUUUCUUCUGGACGUUCAGACACAGGAGGUUUCCCGGGCCCUCGUACUACAUCGACGAGAUGGACGAGGAGCACCUAGGGAAGUACACCUGCACCGCCCGUAACGCCAUCACUGGUCUGGAAGCCUCUGAGGUCCACAUGCUGCGUGACUCAUCUACUACCAUCAGUGGUUCUAAGUCCACAAUGGUCUGCACUGUCAUGACCUUGGUGGGACUCAUGUUGAUCUAAAGACUGUCUGUGGAAAUAGCUUGACCACAUAGAUUUUUACAUCAUCUCUCUCUGUGGUUAACGUUGUUGCUCUGUCCCCCGAAAAAAUAAAAAAAGUAUAAUAAUAAAUAACAAAAUGACAAA